AUGACCUCCCGGAACCAAUCACACAAGCCUCAAAUAACAAACAAAAUGGUGACUCUGAAAAACAAACUGUUCUUGGGUUGCUUCAUCUGUACUCUCGUUUCUCUCACAACUUCUGCAUCUUUGUUAAAUUUUAUUAGUGACAUUGAUCCAUGCGAAGAAGUAUGCCAGAAAACAUAUCCAUCUCAUACUUAUGAUAAGGUAUUUAUAUGUAUUCUUAAGUUAUAUAAACAAGCUCUUGACUACGUCUCCUUACCAGUCUACAUAUUACGACAUUACAUAUGAUACAAUACACUGAUACACACACUCUGACAACUCAGUGACAACAGUUACUGUCUAGUUCACUCUUUUUUCACUUUAAAAAAAAAGUUAUUACGAAAAUUAAUGACACUAUAAUUUAUGAUUUUUAUAGACAACUUGCUGUUUCGUAUAUUUCAUGUUUGGAAUCAGAAUAUUAGACUAUGACUAUGAUAGUUCUGAAUCUAAUAAAUAAAUAUUAAGCUUUACUUUUAAUGGCAUUAUUUACUUUAUUUUUAUAUUUUAACUUAACAAUACUCACAAUUCAAUAGUCAUAGUCAAUAAUAAACAUUCACAGGGAAAAUUUAGUUUAGUCUUAGAUAGUUAGGCAGCUAGGUGUUCAUCAUCCCAGAAAAAAAUAUUAGUCUUAGUCUACCAAAAAUUGUCUCAUUCAGCCAGUCUCUGUCUCUAAACUCUACUCUCUACUUCAGAGACUCUAGAUCUAAUUUAAAAUUAUUAUGUUUUGUCCUCAAGAAAAGUGGAGUAAAAUUUACUUUAAAUUUUGAGUUAACCAUAUGGGUUUUGCCAAGAGUUUUCUCACCCUAAGCGCAGUGACAUCACUUUGGGCGGGGAAUCUCAGCACUGGACUUAGGGCUUAGGGUGAAUAGACCUAUUCUUUGAAGGACCCAAAUGAUGUGCUUUAUAACAUUCCUGUUCUUUAUUGAGCAUUACUCACGUCAUAAACGAUACGAUUAAUAUGAAGUAUAUUGAAACCGAAAUUUUCCAUUAAUUUGUAUUAAAAUUCAACUUUGUAACUUACACGUUUCAAAAGAAAGGAAAAAAGAAACACAUCCUUGCUAGCCCUUGUUGUUACCCCAAGACCCAAAACCGGUGAAAAAAAAGACGCAUGCCAAAAGUGCUGUAAUUUGAUUAGUUGAAAUCACAAUACCUAAAUGUUGAAACUUAGGUCACAAAAGGAUAACUACUGCUUAAAUUGCAUUUGGAAUGAUCUUCUAGGGAGUGGGUAGGGGAGACCCCUCCCCAAUUUAACAAAAGAUAUAAAAUAAGAAAACAAUAACUUACAUUAUGUAAAUAAAAACAUUAAAAUAUUUUUAGUAUGGCACUGUAGACGGCACUGUAGACCAAAGUGGACCUAGGGGAACCUCUGUGACCUAUAUACCGUGGAACACAUCGUUGGCCAUACCGCUAACUCAAAAUCAGCCAAAGUUACAAAUGACUUAAUUUUGCUAAGUGUAUGACUUAGGUGUGCUCCUAAUGUAUAGUCACUAUGUAACUUAUGUAUGAGUAUGACCACACAUAUCACUUAACUGGAGUUAUUAAGGUAACCUCUAUGACCUAUUACUAUAAUGGAAGACAUGUCGAACCUUACCGCUAAGUAGGAGCCAGAAUGAUUAAUACAAUGAUUGUGGGCCCUCAAAAUAUAGGAGAAGUGCAUAGUCAUACUAUUUAAAAAUUUAGUAAGAGUACUUCUAAGUAAUUAAUAUAGAGACCUAAAAAUGCAAGGUCUUAUGAAAAAUCAAGUUUAUCAUAGGUGAACAACAGCAUUCCCAAAAUCUCAUUUUAUUGCAUGUCAAUUUGCAAGCUUUGAGUGGAGUAAAUAAAUCGGAAGACAAAUUUGUAUAUUUUAUCUCUAAGCUUUGAAUUAUUAUUUGUGCUAAACAAACUCAAAUUCUACUUAAAUAUAUCAUGCUCUAAUGACUUAGAAUGAAAGACUAAUUUAAUAAUAACUGUUAUCAUCAAGAUUUUUUUGGAGAUUUUUCAUCUGGUGAGCUUAACUUAAAGCAAGAUGUGCAUUUUUCUGUUACAGAGUUCCCCUCAAACUAGGGCUUCUUCACAGAAUGAUUUCUAUUAAUUACCUCUCCUCUUACAAUUUUGUUGUUGCUCACUCUGUUUAUAUUUUUUUUAUGCCUCCCCCACCUUAUAAUUGUAAUUAAAUCAAAUGACUAUCACUAUCUCAGAUGCCGAAACCUAUUAAGAAGAAAAUUCUAAAUACAACAUGACAUACGCAAAAAAAAAUUUGUUUAAAAUGUAAAUAUAAACAAUUUUAUUUUAUGUUCUUUCUUAAAAGAUUUUUGUGCAGUUAUAUCUUUCCAUUAUAAUUUAAAAACAAAUUAAUGUUAAAUUUUCUAGAGUCAGUCAGUAGAAUGUUGUAAAAGAGGAUGUCGACUUUAUUCCAUCAUUGAAUUGGUAGGAGAAGAAGAUGGAGUUAAUGGCACUCUGAAGUCAUGUUCUGAAAGUAAGUAUAAUUAUUAUCUAUAACGUUGAAGAGCUUAGCACUUUAAAAAAACAAGAUUCUUUUCAAGCUCAUUGAAGAGAACUCAUAGAAGUUUUAAGAUUGAAGCACUACUUUUUAAAAAUUUCUCUUACAUAUGAAAAAUAUUGCAACUCCAUUGUAUUAGAUUUAAAAUAUUUAUAAGACAAAUUAAAUUUUAUAAAUAGAUUUUCUAAUAUUAAAUUUUUUAAAAACUAAUUCUCUAUUUUGUGCAAUGACUAAUAAUUGAUUGUACAAUUUUUAUAUUUGUACUAUGAAUAGCAGCUUUUAAAUCCAAGCGGAGACCUUGAAGUAAAUUUGUUAACAUUCUUACUAAUAUUUUUGGGUAUACUUGCAAAUAAAACUAUAUAAACUGUGAUUAUUUCUAUAAAGCUCAAAAAAAGCGACUUGAAAUGAGUUUUUCAGAUUAAAAUAAUUAAAAGAAUCGUAUUUACUAUUGAUGUAUUUAUAUUCAAAGGUAUUUAAAAAAAGAAGCAUAUAAUUUCAAGGAAAUAGAAUUUAAGUUUGGCUUGAUAAUUAGUUGAUUCUUAAUUUACUUAUAUUGAAAUAUUUGCUUCAAGCUAGAAUGGUGCCUAUUAUGUUUUUACUUUACACCACAUAAAGUACAAUCAAACAUACAGAACUUACUUUAAACUAUUUAGUAGUUGUUACGCACUGGCUUCUCUUGUGAGAAAUUAUUUUCCUAUUUUAAUUUUAUUGGCUCGUUGUAAACAGUGCCUAACAAAGGACGAUACCAUAGAGUCAACAAUAGUAAAGAUACGACACCAAAACAGUUGCUAGUUACAAUUAAUAAGAUUUAUUUAAGUCUAAAUAUAAUUACAAAAGAAAAGAAAAUAUAAUGACAAUCAUCAACUUACAGUAUGGUAGAUCUUGUACCGGUACACAGUUAACACUGUUAGUACAAUGUGCCAAUGAAUAUUGAUGAAUGAAGAAUGCGAAUAAACACAUAUAAAUACACAAAGAAUAAUACACGUCUCGUAAAGUUAAAACUAUCUAUCUGAAUCUCCCUCUCUCCAUAUCUGUCACUCCCUUAUAUACAUGUAGCGUAAGACGCUUCCAGAAAUGACUUAUGACGUGUUGUUUACAUUUCUCGGGUUAUUGAGAACAUUCGACAACAUACUAGCAGACUGUCUAACCAUGUUUAAUUGGUAAACACGGUUGUAAACAAGAUACAUCAAAGAGAUUUAACCACGCCCACAACAAACGUUACCGUCUGCUAGUAGUCUAAUGCAGGGUCAAAGAAAGUUCACGCACGGGGAAUGUGUGCUACAUAACAGUAGUAAAUUUUUAUAACAUCAAGAUAUCCAUCACAUUUAUGAAUGCAUUAUUAAUUUGAUAAAAUCAAGCCAAGAGCUAUGAAUUAUAAUUUAAAGCUCAAUACAUUUCUAAAUCAGACUGCGAUGAUGCUUACCCCGGAGCAACAGAUGAAACCUCUGCCUGUUCAUUGGGUUGUAACAGUCAAAAACCCUUUACAGACAAGUGGGGACACGUAAGUUUGUAAUUUUAGCACAAUUGGUUUAUUCCCCUGAAGUAUUCUUUUUCUUGAAGUAUUUCAAAAUCUUGUAAAUUCUGAUUUGAAAAUCAAUUAUUUUGAAUAACAUAAUUGAAGGGACUGAUAACCAAAAAUAAUGGUAGUGUUAGUUAAUAAGGGGCCAUCCAUAAAAGACGUCCACCAAUUUUUUGCUAUUUCUUACACCCCCCCCCCCCGUUGUGGACGUCCAAAACAUAAAAUUUACCAAACUUAAAUUAAUGAAUAUUUUGGGAAAAUGUACAACAAUAUAACGAGUACGUAUUUACAAAACAAAGAUUUUUUUUAGAAAUUCCAAUUAUUUGCAGGCAAAAUUCUAAAUGAAAUAAUAACUGUUCAAAAACAUUUUAUUGAAUCACUGUAUUAAAAAAUGUAAUAAACAAAUAAUCCGCCAUUCUUCAAUCAACGGAAAAUUCGGACUGCAGUCAUUCAAACAUGUUUCGUAUAUGACAACAUCUGUUCUUGAGUCUUCAAUUGCUAAUUCAAUUUACGAGGCAGUCUCUUCGUCUGAUUCGUCUGCCAUGUUAUGUUCACUAGUAGGAAUAUUGCAAUGGACGACCUUAUAUUUUUUCAUUGCCGCCUGUGAUGGGAAAUAUUUACCCGCAGAAAAAUAUUCUCUUGGAAAUUCUCCCAGCCACCGAUGGACAAUAGAGAUCAAAUGGCAUGCUACUGUAACUGUGAUCGGGCUCCAGACCAAUCAGUGCAAACCUCUGGAACAAUGAUCCAUAAAUACCACUACUACUACCAAUAGCUGCAGCUAAAAGGUACCGGAGCUGGAAUAAAGCGUUUGGGAAAUAGUUCAUUAUAGUUGGUUCGUCUUGCUCCACAGCAUGUUACAUCAUUACAUUUGAUGAUCUGCAGAAAAUAUUGAGACUGUUGCACAUGAUUCCAGCACCAAUUCACAUAGGGAGAUGGAAGAUUUGUGCUUGUGGGGCUUGGUUCAACAUACUGGGCGUGCACAUUAUAGCAAUCAAUGACAGCCUGACCCCAAACUUUAGCGAGUAUUUCCCCUGCCUUUUUAAAGUUUGCUUUUUCCAAUUUUUGGUCUAUAGUUUUACCAUUUGCGUCCAAGUGGGAUCCAAAAUGAUCAUGGGGAAGAAUGAGGCCUGACAGGUCAUGAGACAAAGGGGCCAUUCGUCAUUCUACCUCAUUGUAGGCACUGUGACCCGGAGCAUGACACGCUAUAAAGAAAGCAUCAAGAUUGUGCUUGGUAAACAAUUUAUACGCAGCAUUCAAUGUUUUUAGAUAACGUGGGUGCUCGUCUGGGCCUCCGUCAACGGUAAUAAUUACUAUAGGCUUUACUAGUCCACCAUUUGUACAUGCCACAUUCUUGAAGAUAUCAAGAGAGACAAGUGCAUCAAAAUCUGCAACAUGUGAUGCAGCAGUACUGGAAUCAUGUUUACCACUCCUUCUUGAUAUGGAUGUUGGUCCGGAAUAGGUCACACGACCAUCCUUGAUAAUACAUGCAGCAUAAACUGAAGGUAUUAGUUUAUGCUUAUCUGCCACAAUAUACGAUAUUCCAGAUGCAUUAGAAGUGGUGCCUGCUUUGAUGCAGCUGGAAGACCCAAAGGAACUCUAGCCUUGUCGUCUUGGCUAAGAAAGAAUGUGCACUGACUGCCCAUCAAUACUGCCAAAUCUUUCAAAUAAGCUAUAGCUGAUGCUGCAAAAUGGGCAUCUAUGUGCUCUUUGCGCAAAUUGUUGGUAGCUUUCAUAAGUUUCACCGGAACGGUAGUUAUGUGCCGCUUACCUUCAGCAGUCAUGUAGUUGCGUGGUAGAAGAUGAAGAUAAGUUGCAGAUCGGCCUAGGUUGAACCUAAGACUUAACAGCUCUGAAUGUAGAUCAUCAAGUGUUUUACAUGAACGGAUCAAUUCAGUGCGUCGACGGUCAUCAGCAGCUCCACUUGCAGACACAAUGUCGACAAUUGACUUCAGCAAGUCAGAUUGAUCAGUUUCAAUGCUUGGCCGACCAAGCUUUUUCCUAGUGAACUUUUUGAGCCUUUUUGCAGCGGUGGGAUUUUCUGUAACAAGUAUUUGCAAAGCUUCUUUCAUGUCUGCUCGGGCUGAACGUUUUCGGUCAAAUGAAAGGCGAUGCAACUUCUGUUUCAGUUUUUUCUUUUUUUCUUCGAGUUCAUUUGCGUUCUUUUUCAUUUCAUCUGUCCACAAACCAGUUUGACGAAUUGCUAGCGAACCAGACAGUUUUGAAUUUGUCAAAUUUAACUCCUCUUGAGCUAUCAGCUCGGCUGGUCUAUUUUUUUCAACUUUAAGGGAAUUGCAUUGAUCUGUUUCAUGCUCGUUAUUUUUGCUGAAUGACUCAUCUAAGUUGUCUUGAUUGUCUGUCUUCCCAUUUUCUGCUCUGAACAGGAAACAAAGUAUUUCCGAUAAUGAUAAAAAUAAGAAAUUAAUAUAAAAAAUCAAUUGAUAUACAUAAUAUUACGCAAUAUAAAACUACAACUACAUAUAUGAUUGAAAUAUCGCAACACACUAAAACAUAAUACAAAAUAAAAAAAUUUUAUGCUUUUUAAACUGACUGUUAUUUGCAGGUACAUUAACAUUAUCUAUCAUUUAAUGAGCAAAUUAAGUUUGUUAAAAUUUCUUACUGAUUUUACAUAUAAAAACAUUUGAUGGGAUAAAAUUUCCAUACAGAAAAACAUUUGCUUUUGCUUGCUAUUAAUAAUCCAAUGGUCUACACUACAUCUACUUACAACUACAAGGCUUGAACAUAAUGUAAGACUUAAAGUGGCUUACUUUGAAUUUGCUGAUAUUACAUCACAAUCACAAGAUUUCGAGUUACCAGAAGCAGUGGCUGAAUUGCUAGAACUUUUAGUAGUUGCGACAUUGCUCCACAUAGAUAUUAGUUUGCUACGCCUUCUGACAGCAAUAGCCUUGAAUUUAACAAUGUUACGCUUGAUGUCAUCAUUAUUACGUUUACAUUCGUUCCAAAGUUUUGCAAAUUCUGAUACGCUAAUUCUUUUUUUUAAAUCAGGAUAGGCAGAAAUAUACGAAUCUUUAAAUUCUGAAUAAAAUUUUUCCGUUAUGGCCAAACGCAUCUGCCGUCUACCGCAUGUUUUUGUUAUUUUUUAUUGGUUGAUUGUGAAUAGUUCAAGGCCAAAGGUAUUAGCGACGCAUAUUUUAAUAAAAUUUACAUAUUUUAAACCCUGGAUGUUUAUUUUAGGUCUGCUUUUUAUAAUCUUUUUGAAUAAAUCAAGUCAAAAUUUUGCCGCAUUUGUUUAAUAAAAAAAUUUGUUUCUGAGCUAAGAUUGUAUUUUUAAAUUUAAAUAUAUUUUUUACAUUUUUUCGGAAAAUAAUUUUUUUUCCUGUAUCUAAUUUUUUAAUAAAAAAUAAAGUCAAAUUCAAAUAUUUCAGUAAUUUUUUUAACCCCAACACAAAAUAAAAAUCAUUGAAGGUUUUCUGGAAAAAACUCUAAGAAUUUAACAAAACUGUUAUUUGAGAUUUUAUUGUAUUUGACAAAUCCAACUUUAACAACAUAUUUUUAAAAUAAUAUUCAAGCGUAUUAAUUAUUAAUAUUGAAAAAAUCGUUUCUAAAUUUAACCACUCAAUUUGUAAAAGAUUGUUUGGGUUUGCAUCCCAACUCUUUUGUCAUUAAACUAGAAGUUUUUUGCAGUAAAUUUAUGCAAAACUGCUGCACUCAAAAAAACACUACAAUGUGGACAUCCACUUUGUCCUAAACCCCCUCCCCCCCUUUAUCCACUUUAGUCCACUUUUUGCUGAACCCCCCCUCUCCCCUUUUGUGUGGAAGUCUUUUAUGGAUGACCCCUAAAUGUUUGUGUGUUCCUUUCUAAAUACUGGUAGUCUUGGCGGAAACUGUGAUUUGACAAUCAAUUAUUUUAAAUAAGAUAAUUGAAGAGCCUGAUAACCAAAAAAAUUAUAGUUUGUUAAUAAAUUUUGUUUCUUUUUAAAUAGAUGAUUGAUAUGGAUACAGAUUUUCUUGGUGAUGGGAUGCCACGGAUGAUGUACCCAUUUUUAUACAUGCACAACAUGUACAGCAACAUGGUUGACAAAGUCACACACCACAUGUCUGUUUCUUGGUCAUUUUUCAUGCAAGAUGGUAGUGGCCGACUGGUAGUUAUUAAAUCCCAACCACAGGUCCUUGAUAUGGAUGUGCAGGAUUUCGAUGGUAGGCUAUAAAAAUUUAAUUUUAAAAUAGAAAUUAUGUACCAAAAAAGUUUAGAUAUUUUCUUAAAAUGUAUAUCCAAUUGUAUAACAUACAAAAUAAAAAUAACUAGAUUAAUUUUGCUGAGUGAGAAUAUAAUAAAAUUUAAGGAUUUUUUUAUAUUAUAGCAUCCUUCCGUCUACGUCAGACGAUGGAGUAGCUAUAUAGUUCUACACUUUGACGAGUGGCUCACUAGCCCAAUCCUUGAAUGGCAAUCACGGCGCAUCUCUCGCAGGAGAAUGUUGAAGCCCGGUAUAUUCUUGAUUUUCGAAUUGCUCUUUUUGAUUCGAGGGCCUGGUUUCGAGUAACUUCUGCCUUUUUCACUCCUCCAAACACUGCUGUACGCCAGUUGGAGCGAUGUUCGGCAAUGAACUCCCAUUCGUUUGUUUCAAUAUUGGCUUCCCUCAUGCUUCGUUUGCAAACGUCAAUAAAUCUCAGGCGUGGUCGACCAAUGUGUCUUGUCCCCUCUGCCAACUCUCCAUACAGCAGAAUCUUUGGGAUACGUCCUUCCUCCAUUCUCCGUACAUGACCUAACCAGCGAAGGCGUCUCUUGAUAAGAAAGGAGAAUAUGCUAAACAUGUGUGCACGUUCCAAGACCUCCAUGUUAGGCACCCUGUCCUGCCAAUGAAUGCGCAAAAUGCGACGCAGACAUCUUUGAUGGAAGCUGCUGAGUUUCCGCUCCUGACUGGUAUAUGUGGUCCACACUUCGCUACCAUACAGGAGCGUGCUAAGCACGCAUGUCUGAUAGACACUUAUUUUUGUUUUAUCAGUUAAAUUGAGAUUAUUCCAUACCCGCUUAUUCAGUUUAGCCAUAGUUGCUGCUGCUUUUGCAAUCCUGAUAUUGAUCUCUUCAUCAACGGAGAGCGAACUAGAAAUAUUGGAUCCCAGGUAUAUGAAAUGAUCAACAACCGAAAGAUUAUGACCCUCAAUAGAUAUGAUUGGAGGGGACGGUGCUUCUUGCAUCAUUACAUGAGUUUUCUGUAGACUAAUCGAAAGACCAAACUCUUCACAAGCAUGUGAUUUUUUUUAUCCUCUAAAUUUCUUUUUUUUUUUAUAGAUACCAUUUUUUCAUAGAUACCAUUAAAAUCAAUACUAAAAAUGAAGUCUUUGUUCCUGAGGACAUUAUCUUCAAUGUUAAUUGCAUUUUCAUUUUUGUCUCUUCAGCUGUAAUAGUUUUUAUUUCAACUCUGAUUAACACUCAUUACAAAAUGAGAUUGUUCACUCUGGGGUGCGUUAAAGGAAUGAUGAAUAUUUAUCUUUAUUAAUCCAAAAUAUAUAAAUGUGAUUUUUUAAUGUUUAAAUACUGCAUCUUACUUAUGACUUAAUCAUGUAGAUUAUUCAGCUUACAAAGGCACCAGUUCUAUGUUAGAAACCAACAUAGAAGCAUCGGAUAACACGGCCACAGAGGUACUGAGGCAUUCACAGAUCAAGUCAGCCAGGAGUUUUUCAGAUGAACUCAAUGCAGCUCAGGUUGUUAGAAAUGUUGUGGUCUAAUUAUUUAUGAAAUUUAUCUUUGACCUAUCGAUCUGCAUAUUUCACAGUAAAUUUUAUAUUGAAAAGAUUGAAUCUCAUAUAUUUGUAAACCUCUUAUUUGAUGGUUAAUUGAAGAAUCAGAUAAAUUGAAUUUAUUGAGUUUCAAAUGUUUUAACUUAAACUACUUUUUUUCCCCAAAUUCUUGCUCCAAACAAAACUUGAAGAAAUUUAGAGGAUAACGCUUUAGGCCAAUUAAAAUUAAAGUUUAAAAACCACUUUUCCCCUGGGCAAUUUUUUUUGUGUGCAUAUUUUAUUGUGAGGAAUAAACUUAUGGUUAUUUUAGAGCUUUAAUGUUAUUCAGUUAUAGGGGUGGGCAAACUUUUUGUGCGAAGGGCCAUAUUGACAAAUGUAAAGCCAUUGGUAAAGCAUAUUAUGUCCAAUUUUUACAUGUCGAUAAACAUUUCUCUAUAUUCAAAUCGGUAAAUUCGGAUUUUAGCAUUAUGUGACAAAAGUAAAGGACUGUUUCAAAAAAUGGAAAAUUAGAAAGAGAAAUUUUAUAAAAAAUUGUAAAAACAAUCAUAACAGUACAUGAAAUCCUGUAAAAUUCAACAAAAUAACAAAGCCCAAGUAAUUUUUUAAAUUUCUAAAUGUCUCCAAUGUCCACAUUAAUAUUAGUUGCUGGGCCGCAUGUGGCCCACGGGCGUAGUUUGCCCACCCUUGAGUUAUAACCUUUUUGCAAAAUCUUGGCUCAAACUUCAUGAGAAAAUAAUACUGUGGAAAACCUAUCAUGACAAAAGGGGAAUUGUGGACCAUUCCUUGUUGAGUCUCCUUUUUUAAACUGCACUGGGAGACAAUGACAUUCAGUCGUGCAGAGAAUUAUUAUUAAUAACUCUGCAGCUUAGUACUAAUUUUAAACAGCAAGCACAAUAAUAAAAUGGCAAUAAAUUUGAAGGGAGUCAGUUCUACUCAGUUUUAGUCUUAUCAUUUUUUUAAACUGUUUUUUUCUUCCUCAUUGAAGUCUGAUCCAUGGAAGUACCAACUUGAUGACAUCAACAGCAGCGACUGGCUGACUUGCAUAGCCCGUAAGACAGGCAUUCCAAGGCUGUUGCUUUGUAUGAUCAUUCUGCUAAGUGCUGUUGCCAUGAUAUGGCUGUGCAUGUCUGCAGCAGUGACUGCCCCUGAGCAUAGGAUAUCUCAGGUGCUGAGUUUUGAAAUGUUUGGUUCUAUUUAUAUAAUUGUGAUUAUAGUCGUAGAAAUACGUUUUUAAAAUGUCGCCAUAGGGGGUACAGUAUUUAAUAUCUUCAAACUUAAUAAGGGCUUUAUUUAUUUAUCCAAUUGAGAUAAACUUUGACUAAAAUUAUACAAUGGAAUUUCUGUCUUAAAACCAUCAUGAAAUUUGUAGGCUUAUCGUUUGGUCAAAUUUAAAUUUGGAAAGAUUUUCUUUUCAUAUGACAUGAAAGUAACAUAAUUAUGUGUUGCUUUUUAUAAACUUGGAGCUGACAUCAUAAUUAAAUGGAUUUUAUGACAGGGCUUUCUUGGUGUGACCUAACCUGAUAGCAGGGCAUUUUUUAAUUUAGUGUAUCCCUUUAAAAAGUUUGGCUAUUAACUUAGUUCGAAAUAUUGAUGAAGUGGCAUUAAAACUCAUCACAAUUUAUCUCAGUUUUGUUUUGUUUAGUGAACUAAGUAGCGAUUUUACUUGUUAAUAUCAUCGUAAUGAUGACGUAACUUUAAAUACUUUGAUUGAUUCCAGCAGAAACUGAGCAUCAAUGGUGAUUUGGAAUACCUCCGCUAUCUGCCCGAAAAACUGGGCAUCAAAGGAAUCCACCCUCAGGACUAUGUAGAGGCCAGACCACUGCCGCUCAAGAUUCGUGUUGAACAGAUUUAG